AUGGCGUCGCUCCUAGCGCCUGCGCAAGCGCAGAUGAGCAGCCUCUCGCUCGCUGCGUCGAGAUCUCAGAAUGCCCUCUCUUCGUCCGCCUCCGUCUCUUUCCGCGGGGCAGCCAUCUCCGCUCCCCGCCGAGUUGCCGCCACGGCGACUCCCUCCGCCGUUGCCGUGCGCGCGCAGGCCUCCGCCGACGCCGCCACGCAAGAGCGGUUCCGUCUGAACAACCUGGCCCCCCAGCCGGGAUCCCGGCGCCAGGAGAAGCGCAAGGGGCGCGGGCACGCGGCAGGCCAGGGCGCGAGCUGCGGGUUCGGCAUGCGCGGGCAGAAGUCCAGGUCCGGGCCGGGCGUGAGGCACGGGUUCGAGGGUGGGCAGAUGCCCCUGUACAGGCGUCUCCCCAAGCUGAAGGGCAUUGCGGGGGGCAUGGGCGCGGGUCUGCCCAAGUAUGUGACGCUGAACGUGGGGGAUUUGGAGGAGAUGGGGUUGGAGGAGGGCGAGGAGGUGUCUCUGGAGAGCCUUGUUGAGGAUGGCAUUCUCAACCCCUCUGGCCGCGACCGCCGGCUGCCACUCAAGAUCUUGGGUGAUGGCGAGAUCUCCACCAAGGUGACCAUCAAGGCGGCUUCUUUCAGCGAAGCUGCCCGGGAAAAGCUUGAGGCUGCUGGUUGCACACUCGAGUCGUUCGCCAUGGCUGCGUGCCGGCUGCACAUGACCGUGACUCCGGUCGCGGGACUCGUCUCCUCCACAGUUCUGAAAUCCAACUUCGUCGCCUGUCCACGCGUCCUCAGCGGGCCGAUCCGGUCCAACGCUCUCAGCGCUUCAAACGGCGGGAGAAGGCGGUUUGUUGUGCACGCACAUAAGGUGGAGGUCGAGCAUCAGGGAAAAACACACAUUCUCGAGAUUCCCGAGGAUGAGACAAUUCUUUCCGCCGCGAUUGACGCUGGUCUGGAUCUCCCUCACGACUGCAAGCUCGGCGUGUGCAUGACAUGUCCUGCGAAGCUGAUCUCGGGUGAGGUGGACCAAUCAGAAGGCAUGCUGAGCGAUGACGUCAUGGAGCAGGGCUACGCGCUCAUGUGCGCGUCAUACCCGAAGUCCGACUGUAAAAUCCGCGUCAUUCCCGAAGAGGAGCUGCUCAGCCUCCAGCUGUCCUUUCCCUCUCAAUCUCCCCUGUUUCAUCUCCCCGUCUACGUCACCCCUCUUCAUUCCCCCGCUUUCCCCCCUCCGUCUACCCCUCUCCCUCUUUCCCUCUCCGCCCCCCCCCCUUACGGUACACCUCCUCUUUCGCCUUUCUCUGUCAAGCCCUCCCCGCACCCCCCUUUCCGUUCCCCCCCUCUGUUUUCCCCUCUCCGUUUCCCCCCGUAUUCUGUCUCUCCUCCUGUAUGUUGCGCGCGCCUGCUCUUCCAUACAUUAUCUAGCUCCACCGUGUUCUACGCCGCCUCUAGCCUCCUUGCUUCUCUCCGCCGUCUGACCUCCCUCCUCCCUCUCCCUCCUUCCUCCCAACCUCUCUCCACCUUCUUUCUCCAAUUCCCCUCUUUUCCCCUCUCCCCCACAACCCCCUCUCUCACCGCUCUCCCCACCUUUCCACCCCUUUCCAUAUUCCCCCAAAUCCCCCCUCGUUUCCCCAAAUUGCAGGCCUAUCUCGGCGAACCUAGUACUAUUCGUCGCAUCGCGUUUCUCGACUGCGUCCCUCCGCCAUUCGACCUGGUCGACCUUCGAAUCCGCAAGCACUUCAGAAUCCCCGCCGAGCAGCGCCUCCGGCUCAGAUACACUGACACGGAUGGAGACGUGCUGACUCUUUCCACUAGCGAUGAGCUUUAUGACGCGUUUGUUCUCCAGAAGCAGAACCCGCUGACAGUGAGACUGUAUGACAGUGACGGGGUGACUGGUUCCGUCAGUUUGACAGACUCAGUCAGCGCAAAAUUUCACGUCAGCUGUGGUACUGCUACCCACGGCGCCAGCGUUUCUGUCGGCGUCAGCACCCCUCCUGAGCUGAUUCAACCCCUCUCCUCCUCUGAAGCAGCAGCCCCAGCAGCACCAGCAGUAGCAGCAGCAGAAGCAGCUACAGCAGCAGCACCAGCAGCAACAACAGCACCAGCUGCUGCAGCUCCUCCCUUACCUGCCUCCUCCGAAUCGACUCAUCUACCUCCACCUUCUGAUGCUGCCACCGCUCUCCCUCCCGCCGCUGCCUCAUCUACUGCCGCUGCUCCUGCCUCUGCUCCUUCUACCACUUCUGCUUCCUCAUCCACCUCUGCUUUAGAGUCGUCUCACCUACCACUACCUCCUGACUCUGCCACCGCUCCCCCUCCCGCCACUGCUCCUGCCUCCGCCUUCCCUCCCACAACUGCUCCCUAUUUUGCCUCUGCUCCCUUUCCUGCCUCUGCUCCCUCUCCCACCUCUGCUCCUCCUCCUAAAUCUGCCACCGCCCCCGCUCCCGCCUCUGCAGCUGCUGCUCCUGUCUUUGGUGCUCCUGCUUCCACUUCUCCUGCCCCUGCUCCAAUUUUUGGUGCUUCAACUUUCACUCUUGCUGCUCGUCCUCCUGUCUUCGGCACUCCUCUUCGUGCCGCUCCUACUGCAACUGCUGCUCCUGUCUUCGGCGCCCCGCUUAUUGGUGCUUCAACUCCCACUCCUGCUGCUCGUCCACCUGUUUUCGGCGCUCCUCGUACUUCCGCUCCUGCUGCAGCAGCGGCUGGUCCUUUUAGGAGCGGUCAUGUGCAUCUCUCUGCUCCAACUUAA